AUGGCUUUCCUCUGGAUCCUUUCGUGCCUUGCUUUUGUCAGUGCAGCCUAUGGCUGUGGGGUUCCUGCUAUCAAACCAGUCAUUACUGGCUAUGCUAGGAUUGUGAAUGGAGAAGAGGCAGUACCUCAUUCCUGGCCCUGGCAGGUGUCUCUUCAGGACCAAACUGGUUUUCACUUCUGCGGUGGCUCCCUGAUCAACGAGUGGUGGGUUGUGUCUGCUGCCCACUGCAAUGUGAGAACUUCCCAUCGUGUGAUUCUGGGAGAGCACGAUCGUUCUUCCAAUGCUGAGGCCAUCCAGACCAUGAGCAUUGCCAAGGUUUUCAAGCACCCCAACUUCAACCUCUUCACCAUCAACAAUGACAUCCUUCUGAUCAAGCUCGCCACCCCUGCUCAGCUCAGUCCUCAAGUUUCACCCGUGUGUGUAGCUGAGACUGGUGACAGUUUCUCUGGUGGCAUGAAGUGUGUGACCACUGGAUGGGGCCUGACCAAAUACAAUGCUCCUGAUACCCCUGCCAUUCUUCAGCAGGCCUCUUUGCCACUGCUGACCAAUGAUGAGUGCAAGCGUCAUUGGGGUAACAAAAUCACUGGCUUAAUGAUUUGUGCUGGAGCCUCUGGUGUCUCCUCCUGCAUGGGUGACUCCGGUGGUCCUCUGGUGUGUGAAAAGGAUGGCGCUUGGACCCUGGUCGGUAUUGUCUCCUGGGGCAGCAGUAUGUGCAGCACAUCUAUGCCAGCAGUCUAUGCCCGUGUUACUGAGCUCCGUGCCUGGGCAGAUCAGAUCAUUGCUGCUAACUAAACAAUCUGUAACAAUUAUGUCAAUAAAGCUUUGAAAUAUA